GCUGGCCCCAGCACAGGCAGCUCAGCCACUGCCACGGCCCAGCAUGGGGACAGCCAGCAGCGUGCUCUGUGCCCUCCUCGUCCUCUCCACGCUGUGCUGGCACAGCCUGGCCCAGAGAGCUCCAGCUGUGCCAGACAAAUGCUGCUUCAACUUCCAGACCAGAAGGAUCAAGAGGGACAACGUGGUGGCCUGUUACCCCACCAGCCCCGAGUGCCCGCACCAGGCUGUGAUCUUCAGGGUGAGGAAUGGGAAGGAGAUCUGCACCCAGGCCAGCAGGCCGUGGGUCAAGAGGUACCAGCAGAGCUUCCAGGUCAGCUCCUUCUCCAUCCCCAGCUAGCAGGGUGGCUGGGGACAGCGGGGACUCCUCCCCGUGGGGACACCACCAAGGCAGAGGGGACACUUCUGGCUGGAGCAGCUCACAAGGGACACCCUCCCCAUCACGAUGACCCUCACCACUGCCCUGAAGGCAAAGGAUGGGAUGCCAGCCCACCAGGAUGGAGUGUCCAGACCCUCUGUGCUCCAUGCAGAGGCUGCAGCGGGCGGGGGGUGAAGGGGGAGCAGCUCCACAGCUGUUUUUUGUCGAUUCCGAACAGAAUUAAACGUGAUUCCCACAUGCAAA